CUUUUAAAAAAUGGCAGACUUGGAUAAAUGUAUUGAACAAUUACAUAGAGGGGAACAUCUUUCAGAAGCAGACGUAAAGAAAAUCUGCAGUAUGGCCAAAGAAUACUUUUCGCAAGUAAAAAAUGUGAUCUGUGUAGAAUCACCUGUGACAGUAUGCGGAGAUAUCCACGGUCAAUUCUUUGAUUUGAUUGAGUUAUUCAAGAUUGGUGGCGAAUCACCGAAUACAAAUUACUUGUUUUUGGGAGACUAUGUAGACAGAGGAUAUCACAGCGUAGAGGUUGUUACUCUUUUACUCUGUCUUAAAUUAAGAUACAAAAAUCGUCUUCACAUGUUGAGAGGAAAUCACGAAAGCAGACAAAUAACACAAGUUUACGGAUUCUACGAUGAAUGUGUGAGGAAAUAUGGAAGUGAAUCUGUUUGGAAAAUGUUAACAGAUGUUUUUGAUUAUUUACCACUUGCAGCUGAAAUCGAUAAGCAAAUUUUCUGUGUCCAUGGUGGUCUUUCUCCUUCAAUAGACUCUCUUGAUCAUAUUCGUACUUUGGAUAGAGUACAAGAAAUUCCACUUGAUGGUCCAAUGUGCGAUUUGAUGUGGUCUGACCCAGACGAACGAAGCAGUUGGGGAAUUUCUCCAAGAGGUGCUGGCUAUACAUUCGGUCAAGAUGUCAGCGAACAAUUCAAUCACAAUAACGAUUUAACAAUGGUGGCUCGUGCUCACCAAUUGGUUAUGGAAGGUUACAAUUGGUGUCAUGAUGGUAAUGUUGUUACCAUCUUUUCAGCUCCAAAUUAUUGUUAUAGAUGUGGUAAUAAGGCUGCCAUUAUGGAAGUCGAUGACCUUUUGAACUGUAGUUUCCUUCAAUUCGAUCCAGCUCCUCGUUCCGAGAAUAGUACAACAUCAGGAGGACAAAAGAAGAUCACUCCAGAAUACUUUUUGUAAAUAUAGGCAUUAUGCCCUCUAGAUUGAAGCAUGUAAUAUUCCAAAUAAAAGUUUAAUAAUUUCAAAUUUUAUCAC